AUGAGAGAGAGGAUUUAUAGGGAAUUCACUUGUGAGAGAGGAAUAAUGCUUUCUUCCGAGGUACUGGAAUACUUGGAGGAAAACAUCAAGGACGAGGUAAUGCUGAAGGCCAUAUCUUCAGAAUACAAAAGAAGAAACGGGCAGAGGCUUGCAGACAUAUGCUCAAUCCGAGAGGUUGCCGAGUCUUUUAAUAUCAAGAAAGAUGCUUAUAAUAUUUUGAACCAGGAAUUCAAGGAGAAAAAUGAGCUAUUGAAGUACAGGAAUCUCCUAUCAAGGAUAGAGAGAAUGGUUCAGCCCAUAUACCUACUAGGUGAGGAGUAUGCCACGAUUUUUGGAUGUUAUUACAAAGAUAGAAACGGAAGAGAGGUUCUUGAGGAUGAAGGAGAUGUGAUUCCUCUUGACAUGAGAAAGUGCAACGGAGAUGUAUUCCUAUGUGACAACGUCUUUGUUGCCAUAGAAGGCAAGAAGAUUGGCGAUAAGUUUGUGGGAUUCAAGACAUACCUCCCGAGUAUAGAAAAGAAAGUGCGCAAAGUACCCAAUAUAGAUAAGAAGGACCUCAAAAUACUGUUUUUUUCGGACUUCCAAGUGAAUGAAAUUAAUGGAAGGAUUCUAGGGAGAAUUUUGAGCAAGACAGCACCAGACAUCGUUGUGCUCAUGGGGAGGCUCUGCCCUGAAAGAUCUUCUUUCAUUCCUUUCACUAGUUUUAGGGAAGGCCUUAGGUCAGCAAGUUCUCAAGUGGAAAUUCCAGACAUCAUCCUAUGCCCUGAUGCAGAUGAUCUUUAUCCAUCAUUCCUUCCAAAGGAGAUAGAAAUACCCGAGGAGCAUGGAAAGUCCAUUAGGGCUGCAACCAAUCCAUUUAUACUCGAAACUCAUGGAUGUUCAAUAGGAGUUAUCCGAGAAGAUGUAUUUAAGUACAAGGAACAAGGAACAUUUAUUGGGAGGAAUUAUGUAGAUUCUUUUGUAAGGACUGUUCUGUCGCAACACAGCUUCAAUCCAUUUGGAAUCUCAAACCUAGACAUUGACGGGGUUCCAGAUGUGUUUAUUGUAGGCCAAGAUUUUUAUCCGUUCGUUACAUCAGUAGAAGACGUAGUAUUUGUGUCUUGUCCUAGCUUCAAGGAGGAAAUGUCCUUUGUAUCCUACGAUACUUCUUCCGGAGACCCCGUUAUUCUUAGCACCAAGCAUCUCUUGAAAUAG